AAACCCCCAUCCCCGAUCUAUUUUUCUCUCUCGCCAUCUCUCUCAAUUCUAACCCUAACUCCUGCAACAACAAAGAGAAGGGGGAAAAAAAAAAAAAAGAAAAAAAAAAGCCCUCCAAUAUUACUACCAAAACCCACAAAAUCCUCCAUUAACUCAAGCACUUUUGAGACAAGAAGAUGAAGAAGAAAGAUGGUGGCAAAUUCAGCUCAGAAUUCCAUGGCUGAUUCCAAAACUCCUGUCCUCUCUUCUCUUUCUCAAGGCUAGCUAAAGCUUAUACUAGCUAGUAUUAAUUUUACUUUCAUAUACAAAGGUAAACCAAAAUCUUAAGAAGAUGGAGACCCAUAAGUACUAGUUUUCUUUAUUCUUUGUAUAAGCCCCCUCUUUUGCAAUUUCCCUUUUUGUUUCUCUUUUCAAUUUUUACAACCCUUUUUAGUAGCACUCCAUUAUUUUGGGUUCUCUAAUUUGCUUAGCUAGGUUCUCUGUAUGUGAACAAGUGAUAUACCCAAAAAAAAAAAAAGAAAAAAAAAAGAAAACAGUUUUGCAAAGAAACAAAAUAAAGAAGCAAAGCAUAUGGAUGCCCAUUCUCUUCCUCCUCCUUUCCAUACAAGAGAUUUCCAUCUCCAUCACCAACAGCAACCAUUCCAUCACCAGCAACAGCAGAAUUCCGAAGACGAACAGACCGGCAGCAGCGGCCUAAUAAACAAAGCUCAGAAAAGGGAAAGAGAUGACAACAAUGACAGCGGGAACGGCAACGGAGAUGACACGGACCUCGCCGUUGGUGCUGGUGGUGAAGGCGAAAUGACAAGAAGACCAAGAGGUAGACCGGCGGGAUCCAAGAACAAACCAAAACCGCCAAUCAUUAUCACCCGGGACAGUGCCAACGCUUUGAGAACCCAUGUCAUGGAGAUUGCUGACGGCUGCGAUAUCGUCGAAAGCGUUUCUACCUUCGCUCGCCGCCGGCAGAGAGGUGUGUGUAUCAUGAGCGGUACCGGAACCGUCACUAAUGUUACUCUUCGCCAACCGGCUUCGCCGGGGGCAAUCGUGACUUUACAUGGAAGAUUCGAGAUCUUAUCUCUAUCCGGCUCGUUCUUACCGCCGCCUGCUCCGCCGGCCGCGACGGGAUUGACUAUAUAUCUUGCAGGAGGUCAAGGACAGGUUGUUGGGGGAAGUGUGGUGGGAACGCUGAUUGCGUCGGGACCGGUUGUGAUAAUGGCAGCAUCAUUCAGCAACGCAGCAUAUGAAAGGCUUCCACUCGAAGACGACGAAGCUCCGCUUCCAAUGCAAGGAGGAGGAAGCAUUGGGUCUCCUCCCGGGGGAAGUGGAGUUGGACAUCAGCAGCAGGCAGCGCAGCAGCAGCAGCAACAGCAGCAGCAGCAGCUAUUGGGUGGCGGUGAUGGGAAUACAAGUGCUCCCCUCUUUCAUGGAUUGCCUCCUAAUCUUCUCAAUUCCAUUCAAAUGCCAGCUGAAGCUUAUUGGGCUACCGGCGGUCGUCCUCCUUUCUAAACAAUUGGCCUACCAGCGGUCUUCCUUCUACAAUGUUCGACAAUUAUAUAUUCAAGUUCAACUUGUUAUCCAUGCCAUCCACAUAUCAUCCAAAAUCCUUCAGUCUUACCAAACCAUGUAGCUAGCUAUGUAUAUGUACAUAUAUAUGGCUAGAAGAAUUUGGAUUAUUGAGCUUUGAUCAGCAGGUUAUUUUAUCUGUUCCUUCUUUUUUUUUUUUUUUUUUCCCCCCUUGGUUUUUCGUGUUAAUUUGAUUAUGGUUUAGAUGAUGAUGAUUAUAUGCUUUAGAUGUUGAUUAUUCGAGGAGUAUUAUGUAUAUUUCAUGGGAUUCUUCAGUGAGUUUUGAACUUAUA